AUGUCUCCCGCAAAGGACGAUGACGCCGUGGAGCGGGUGGUCGUAAUUCGGCCCAACGUGGACAAGUCGACCGCCCUAGAGGCGGCGGCAGCUACCGAGGCCGAACACAACAUGGGGCUCUUCAAGUCGCUCAAGUUGUAUCGGAAAGCCUGCCUCUGGUCCAUCUUCCUGUCUACCUGCAUCAUCAUGGAAGGCUUUGACUACGCCUUCCUGGCCAGCCUCUUCGCCUACCCGCCCUUCCAACGCAAGUUUGGCGUGGCCCUGCCCGACGGCACCUACCAGCUCACGGCCGCGUGGCAGACUGGCCUGACCAACGGCGUGUUGGCCGGCCAGGUCGUAGGCCUCUUCGCCAACGGCAUCAUCGCCGACCGCUUCGGGUACCGCAAGACGCUGAUCGGUGCCCUUGUGGCCUGUAUCGGCUUCAUCUUCAUCAUCUUCUUUGCCGAGACCUUGGUGCAGCUGCUCAUCGGCGAGAUCCUCAUCGGGAUCCCCUGGGGCGUCUUCCAGACCCUCACGACCACCUACGCCGCCGAGGUGUGCCCGACCCAUCUCCGGGCGUACCUAACGACCUACGUCAACCUGUGCUGGGUCAUUGGCCAGUUCAUCGCCUCUGGCGUGCUGCGCGCUAUGCUCUCGCGCGAUGACAAAUGGGGCUACAAGAUUCCCUUCGCCCUGCAGUGGGUGUGGCCAGUCCCUCUCAUCAUCGGCAUCUGGCUGGCGCCCGAGUCUCCCUGGUGGCUUGUCCGCCACGGACGCCUCGAGGAGGCCAAGCGGUCCCUCGCCCGCCUGACCACGCGAAACUCGGGCGUCCCCUUCCGCCCCGACGAGACGGUGUCGAUGAUGGUGCACACCAACGAGUUAGAGAAGGAGCUAUUGGCCGGCACCACGUACGCGGACCUCUUCAAGGGCGUCAACCUGCGCCGGACCGAGAUCGUGUGCAUGACGUGGAUGAUCCAGACGCUCUGCGGCGCCGCGUUCAUGGGCUACUCGACCUACUUUUACCAGCAGGCCGGCAUGGCGAUCGAGAACUCGUUCACCAUGUCGCUCGGCCAGUACGCGCUUGGCGCUGUCGGCACAUUCACGUCCUGGUUCCUCAUGCAGUGGUUCGGGCGCCGGACGCUGUACCUGUCCGGCCAGGUCGUCAUGUUCUGCUUGCUCCUCACGAUCGGAUGCGCCUCCUUCGCCGGCAAGGACAAUGUCGCCGCCCAAUGGGCCAUCGGCUCGCUCCUCCUCAUCUACACCUUCACCUACGAUGCCACGGUUGGCCCGGUCUGCUACUCCCUCGUCUCAGAGCUGACCUCGACCCGGCUGCGCACCAAGUCCGUCGUGCUCGCGCGGAACAUGUUCAACAUCAUGGGCCUCGUGUCCAACAUCAUCACCCCGCGAAUGCUCAACCCGACCGAGUGGAACUGGGGCGCCAAGUCGGGCUUCUUCUGGGCCGGCACUUGCUUCCUGUCUGCCGUGUGGACAUACUUUCGCCUGCCCGAGCCCAAGGGCCGCACCUAUGGCGAACUGGACGUGCUGUUUGAGAAUCGUGUCAGCGCCCGCAAGUUUAAGACGACUGCCGUGGAUGACUUUGCCGGGCGCAGCAGCGAGGGUGUGGAAGAAAAGGAAAAGGCGCUAGAGGUGGAGGAUGUUGUAAGGCGCGUGGAGAGCAGGCCGAAUUAG